GACCAAAAGCAGACGACAAAUCUCCGCUAAUUUAGAUGAAGUAUGGCGCGAAAUCGCACUACGGAAAGUUCAUCGUGAUCUGUUGUCGACAAUAAAGUAGAUCGAACUAGCGUGGGCAUUAAAAUAAAACUGUCAAAAUGUUGAAAGAAAAUGAAGACCAAGAGUUUGAGCUGGAGAAAGAAGCGGAUGACAAUUCGUGGAAUGAUAUUAUCUCAAAAAAUUUUAUAUUUGCUACCCCAAGUUUUGUGUCAAACCCUGAGAGAGUGAUAGACUUUGGUGCAAAUUCUGAUCACGUUUUUUCCCAACGAAACGUUCCAGAAACUACAUUCACUUUUGCUGCUCCGGCAACUAUAUCCCAACCAACUAAUUCUCAAGAGCAAAAUCAGCAAAGUCCUCAAAGUGAAGAUAACGAUAAACUACUCAGGCCUAGAAUAGCCAGGAAAAUCUACCAGCCACCGAAGAACUCUUUUUCUUCAACGUUGCAUGAGUCAGAAGGUAGAGAUAAGUUGCUGCAGGACUAUGAGCAGCUUAAAAAACACUCAAAGUCCCGAAGCACCCUCAAAAUAGAUGUGAAUAAUUCUAUCACCUGCACAAACGUACCGAAGCAGCUUUUAACAAAAACUGUUGCAAAAGAAUAUUUUUCAACGUUUGGACCAAUCUUGAAAAUUGUACCCAGACCUCGUAAAGCAAUCGUUACAAUAUACUACGCUAAUAAAGAUGCCGCAAACAUCGCUUACUACAAAUCUGGUCAGUACAUGGGGGAAAAAUUUGAUGUACAUUGGACCAGUUCCGAAACAGGGGCCAAAUCUCACGUUAAAAAAGAAUCCAGCAGAGAUGCGGUAAGGAACUUUAUUACAGCAGAUGAUGAUGAUAUCAAUGCUGAAUUGGCGGCAAUGGUGGGUUUGGAGUACAACUGCUUUGGUGGUACUGCACAAGGUCAAGUGUCGUCGACAGAAGCUAAGCAAAGUCGUAAAAAACCUAAAGCCCUGGUCUCCAAAGAGACUACAAAGUAUGAGAAGCCACCAGCUAAAGUUAUAAAAUCAGAGAAGAUGGAAACUGAUACUCAAAUUCAAGCAAUUGUGCCUAAAGCUACCGCUGAAGAACUAUUAAGUAUUAUUAGGCAGCCUGCUACCACCUCGGAAGACAAGUACAAAAUAUUAGAAGCUCGGGAUAAGUUCAUGAGAUUGAAACAAGUAAAAUCAUAUACUUUGGCUGCAGCCAAAAUCACCAAAGGUACCUGCCCUGAUAUGUGCCCAGAGAAAGAACGUCUGAUGCGUGAAUCUCAGAGACAAGUAGCAGUCUUUGAACAAAUGGAAGGAAAAGAAUACAGGAUCAACCAUGCGAUAGCUGUAAAACAGUAUUCCAGAUCUUCGGCUGACCAAGAAGAACCUUUGGCCCACGAGCUAAGGCCUGUUGGAUCACUUAAAAUGACUAUGAGCUACUUGGUACAUGAGAUAAUGAACAUGUGCAUGGUAGAAGGAACAAACUUAGGUGACUGGUUUCAUUUUCUAUGGGACAGAACAAGAGGAAUACGGAAGGACAUAACUCAGCAAGAACUCUGCUGCAUGGACAGUGUAGAGUUGGUCGAACAGUGUGCUAGAUUUCAUAUUUUCUGCUCAGAACGCUUGUGUGCAGAAGAGCCCUCAGUCUUUGACAAAAAAAUCAAUUCUGAAAACUUAACCAAAUGUCUGCAGACAUUAAAGUACAUGUACCAUGAUCUGAGAAUCAAGGGAAUGGUUUGCAAGAAUGAGGCAGAAUUCCGGGGCUACAUUAUUCUACUCAAUUUACAUGACGGCAAUUUCAUGUGGGACUUACAAAAAUUACCUCCUGAUAUACAGAAAUCGCCAGAAGUCAGAUUUGCUAUUGAAGUGUACUCUUCAAUAGAGUCGCACAACUUUUCAAAGUUUUUUAAGCUUGUGAGAAAGACGACCUACCUAAACGCUUGCAUUUUAUUGCGGUAUUUCAAUCAGGUCAGAGUCAAAGCUUUGUCUGUUAUGGUUAAAGCUUACUGUAGAAUCCCGUCCACUCAAUUUCCACUUUAUGAACUGAUUGACAUUCUUGGAUUCGAAGAUGAAAACGAGGCUGUUUAUUUCUGUGAACAAGUUGGACUUUCAAUAUCAAAUGACGAAAUGCACAUCAUAUUUAACAGGGAAAGCUUUAAUCAACCAAUUUCCUUGGUGGAACAAGGAAGAGCAAUUCAUAUCGUUGAAUCAAAACGGGUCAUACAAGGCUUGACUGUUGGACAGUGCAUUGCUGGUGGUGAAACACUAGAGAAGACCUACAAGACUCAUGUGCCUCACGAUAGCUUUAAUGCCAAUGGGUACUUGACAUUGGAUGCCAUAAGUGUGCAAGAUCAAGGGAUGAAUACCAAAAAUAAGUCUGUAUCGGAUGAAACUGAUCCCUAUGAGCUUUUGGAAGAAGAUUCAUCAAAGCCAUUGGCAAGGCUCAAACCACAGUCUGAAAUUAAGGAUCAAACCGAUUCUGUUGCAAAGAAACCUAGCCAAACAUUCAUCGCAGGACCAAAGAUCGAAUCUUCUGGCUGUGGUGAUGUUCCCAAUAAAAAUUUAAAGUCCUCGAUGCCCUUGUUUCCUGCAUUUUCAAAAGAACAGUCAACGUCUAUAAAACCAUCGAGUGUAUUCAACAAACAAAACAGUAACAAAUUUUUUGGAGGUACAGACAGAACUGCUCAGCCAUUUGGCACCAAGCUUCCAACGGUUGAUGUAAAAUCAAGUAAUGAUGCAGAACCGGAUAAAAAGUUGAAGUCCAUCUUUGGAGCUCAGAUUGAAAAUUCAGGAAUAUUUUCGACAACAAAUACAAAUGUGAACAAAAUAUCAACAAGUGAAAAAACUAAAGUCUUUCAACAACACAUGGAACCAUCUAAACUUCAAGAUGCUUCGCCGUUCGGUAUGGCAUUGAAUAAGAGUAUCUUCUCAGGAAAUACCUAUCAGCAUAUAUUUUCAAAACCUAUAGAAGGAGCAACAAUAUUUGGAAACAAAAGCGUGGCUGUACCAAAUGUUGGGGCUGACAUAAAAAAUGAUGAAGACAGAAAGAAACAAGAAAAAAUUGGGACAGAAUCAAACAGGCAGAAGUUAGAAGAGCUAAGGAAGCAGCUGGAAGUAGAAGAACUAAAAUUACAAGAACUAGAACGUCAAAAAAGAUCGAAAAUGAUAGAAGAAAAAUCAAGGAAGAUCGUAGAUGAGUUGGAAGCUGAAGUUGUCAAAGAAAUAUGCGUCUCAGUAGUUGAAGAAGAAAUAGAUCACAUGGAAAUGUGCAAUUCAUUGAGUGAGAGCCUCACAAACUCGUUCGUGAAUCAAGUAGUACAAGAAGUAUGUAAAGAGCUUGUGAGAGAAGAGAUGCAUAUUCAGAAACAGCUGAACGAAAUAUUUGAAAGAAUUAAACAAAGACUAGUCAGAAAAUACUACAAACGCUGGCGGCGAAAUGUGACUAAAAGAAGACGACAACGAGACGCUCUGAACGAUACACCGGUUUGGUUGCAAAGUCGCACUGUCAGUGAAUGUGCUAAGCUGUUAUACCAUCCACAGCAGAAUUUAGUGAUUCGGAAUAUGUGCAGGAAAAGAUCACAUAACGAAUCGGAGCCUCUGGAUGACAACCUCGCGCCAGUUGAAAUUAUAAUAUAUGCCGGAAUCAAGGAAAACAUUAAAUCAUCUGAAAACGAAAUUAUGCCCAAAAUAUUCUGGAAGCUUGCUAUCUCGUGGCCAGAUUUAAUGAACAAAGUAGUUCUAUGGCAGCACAAGAAGACAAUGAACACUUAUUUGAGUCCUGAAGAUUAUACCCAAGAGCCAAUAAUGAAGAUUUAUCAGCCAAACCCAUAUGAGACUUUGUCAAUUUGCAUCAGACACUUUGAAGGGAUUAUUAACGAGCAUAAUUUAGUUGGAACUGAUGGCCUUCUUCUUAUUGCUUCUACUUCAGAGGACCUUCAUGCAGUCAAGCAGCGUUUAUCUCGAACAAUUUUAUCAAGAUCUAAGCUUAUGCCUAUACCAAUAGCGAUUGUAUUCCUAGGCGAGGAUCAUUUAGUGCCAGAAAAUGUUGAAUUGGAACUAGAUCUGGAAAUUUUAUUGGAAUCUGGCUACGUAUCGGAGUACACAGUUGCAUUCGAAAAAGAAAUGGGUAGAAAUCAGAUACUAAGAUUGACUCAAAGCGCUAUACUUUGGCUAACGACAAAUAAAUCACCUCCUGUGCCUCUCGAAAUGGAUUAUCUAGACCAGGUGUUGGGUACUUGCCUAACGCAAGAAUUAUGGCUGAGGAUACAUGGACAUUCAAAUUUCAAUAAACAUCUGGCUGAUGGCUUAGAUGAUCCUGUUUUGAUAAUAAACUUACACAACGAGGCCGUCACACAUUUGAUGGAUAUAUUUUUGGAUCAGGAAUCCCUACAAUACACAGAUUUUCCAGGAGAGUUCAAAGUAUUUUUGAAUGACAAAGUCAACCUGCCUUGUACCUAUGAGUAUUUUAACGAUGCAUGGAAACAGGAGACAAAUAGAUCGUUGUUUGAAAAAAUUUUGAGCAGCUUUCUUCUACCAGAAUGGAAACACGAAUGGCCCACAGGAAAUCUCUGCGAACUUGACAUUGCCAUAAAUAGCUAUUGCCUUGAAGCAUUACCUACUACGGACAGCAGGGCUGUUACUAGCCGAAUUACAAGUGCUUUGUUUCUGAUGUCAGACGACUCCAGAAAGCCUAAUUUUAUAGAUUUGCUUCUGGAGAUUUUGAAAAUAAAGAUCCAGCUGCUUGACAAGAAGUUGAGAGUUAUAUACAACAAAAACCAUGUUAAACAUUUUCGUACGUUGCCAUGGUGGUUCAAGUCUAACGUGUUAUUGGAGUAUAUUUCUCAAAAAGAAUCAGUCACAGAGAACGAUGAGAAAAGAGAAAUUGUGAUAGGUGAGCCAUUUAGAAAACGACCCCGUUUAUCGGGCGAUGGAGAUGAGGAUUUAGAUACACAUAGUUUUUAUAACCCGAACGAUAGCUUAGCUGAAUUUUGUAAAGAUACUCAGGACCAAGUGUUGACGGUACACAGCAUGUCUAAGAAGUUGGAAUUCGGCAUUGGUAUACAAAAAACAAAAAUUACAGCACUGAAUGAAACUUUAGAGCAAGCAAUACUGGACGAGGAGAUGAAUCUUUCAAAAUUCAAGCAGUGAGUAAUUUCUUUGUGAUGUUGAUAAAAGAAUUUGCAACAUCUAGUUAACAAAAAAUAUCGAACCCUGAAAAACAGUUUAAAUAGUCACAAAUCUAAUUUGAUAUUCCACAAAACUUUAUAAAUACUAUGUUAAGAUUAAGAGAUUUGUACGUUUUAUUGCCUUACCAAUUCAUGACUUCUUUUCGUUUUUUGUAUUAAUAUCAACAUAUUCGUAGCAACAGAAAAAAGGGAACCAAUCUCGUACUAUUCUCUUAUUUCAUUUGGCAUUCGUAUAGGCUGUAUAGUAUUGUCAAUGAAUAAAGAUUAUCAUUUCAUACGUUUAAUUGCUUCCCCUUCUGUUGAUCGGUAUAGAAAUAUGUUGAAUCGUGAAUAAAAUGGCUAAGAAUGUCAAAGAGUUGGACUAAAUAAAAGCGAUUAUUUUUUGUAACAA